AUGUCUUCACACACAGAUGCCGCGGCGUCGUCUACGACCGGUUUCAACCACCGAGUUCCAUCACUGAUCUACGGCACAGCAUGGAAGAAAGAACGCACCACUGAGCUUGUAGUCCAAGCUCUCCGAGCUGGUUUCAAGGGCAUCGACACCGCUGCACAGCCGAAGCAUUACCGCGAAGACCUUGUAGGGGAUGGAGUUAGGCAAGCUGUGCGCGAUGGUCUUGCUCGGCGAGAGGAGUUGUACAUCCAGACGAAAUACUCGCCGUAUGCGGGAGAAGACGCUCCCUACAACGCCCACGCCACGAUCGCGGAGCAAGUCCAACAGUCUGUCGCAAGCUCAUUGCACAGUUUCCGCUCACUAUUAGAGACAGAUGGACCAGAUCAAGAGCCAUAUCUGGAUUGUCUGGUACUCCACAGCCCAUUACCGACCCUGUCCCAGACGAUGGAGGCCUGGACAGCUAUGGAGUCAUUCGUUCCAUCCAAGAUCCGCACUCUUGGAAUCUCCAACACGGACUUACGAACACUGGUAACGGUCCAUGAGCAUGCCAAAAUCAAACCUUCCGUCGUGCAGAACAGGUUCUACCCGGCCACCCACUACGACGUGAUGGUGCGCGCAUUCUGCAACGGGAACAACAUCCGUUACCAGUCCUUCUGGACGCUUACAGCGAACCCUCACCUUCUGGUUUCCUCGCCUGUCAGAACGCUUGCUUCCGAGGCUCAGAUCAGUGUACAAGCGGCGCUGUAUUCCUUGGUCAUCGGGCUCGGAAACGUGUCUGUUCUGAAUGGCACGACGAACGAGGGCAGGAUGAGGAAGGAUCUAGAAGAGGUGGAACGCGUGCAACAAUUCAAGAGUAGUGAUACUGGUCGCGCGUGUUGGCAGAAGUGCUCGACGGAUUUUGAGAGGACGAUUAUCAUGCGAGGAUAA